AUGGACAUUUUAGUCUGUGACACAUUGCAAUUGUAUUGGCUGAUACACGAUGAAGGUGAUAGCGGCGGGUUUCCUAAAACUGGAACGAAAUCUGUUUGCACGGCGCUGCGAAUUUUGGGAUAUACUGUCUAUGAUUUCGAAGAAAACGCUACCUAUUUAGCCGAUGAAUGGGCUCAGGUUUUACAUCAUGGAUGGACAACAGCAUUUCGGAAAAUGUAUAAAGAUAUUGACGCUGUAACUGACUUCCCGGCGUGUUGUUUCUGGGAAGAAAUCUAUAAAGCUUUUCCAGAUUCAAAGAUUAUUUUAAUGAUCAGAGAUGAUGAAGAAUCCUGGUUCAUGAGUGCAGCAAAUCAAAUACGAGAGAGUGAGAGCAAGAUAAUCGCGCGACUAUUCACUUUGAUAUCUCCAACAGGAAGUAGAAUGAUGGUCAAUUUUAAAAAUUAUGGUAAAUUCACCGAUAUGUUGUUGAUUUAUCAUGUUAUUGGGCAUGGAGUGCACAAAUGAAUUUUUUUCUAAUGUUGUUAGUUUCUAUGCUGUUUUUGUAAUUGUGACCAAAUAUUAGCUUCCCAACUUUCAAAAUGCCAGUUUUCAAAAUGGAAGUUUGUUCUUCAAAACAAUUACUUUUGCAGCAAAUCAAUGUUUUUCCUAAAUUCCCUGGUAACAUUUUUUUAUUCGGAAUUCUGCUGUCUUUUGAAUGUCUGUUACGAGAAUUUUGUUAUUCGAUUUGUAUUGUGGUUAUAGCUAUUGCAAAUAUCUUUUUCUGCUCAAACCGUUCAGCUUUUUUCAUGUUGUAACUACGUAGAAAUUUGAAUGAUAU